CGUUCGCAGGGACUCACGCAGCCCCGGAAGUAUCGCGGGAGGAUCUGCCCCGGGGCGGAGCGGAAGCGGCCAGGGAGAGAGACAGGAGAAGCGGCUCCGCGGAAUUCGGCCGCGAGUGAGUCCUUCCUGCAGCACUAAGCAGAGGUGAGGCGACAGCGUGACGUGGUGGGUUGAUCCACGUGGCAGAGGAAAGGUGCGGGCAGCGGAGGGGGAACAGCCCUUUUUAUUGUGACGCCCCCUGGGGCAGGACUCUGCAGUCAGUAUGGAGGCAGUAGCCAAAUAUGACUUCAAAGCCACAGCUGAUGAUGAGCUGAGCUUUAAGCGAGGGGACAUACUGAAGGUCUUGAAUGAAGAAUGUGACCAAAACUGGUACAAAGCCGAACUCAAUGGCAAGGAUGGAUUUAUCCCCAAAAACUACAUUGAGAUGAAGCCACAUCCGUGGUUUUUCGGUAAAAUCCCCCGUGCCAAAGCAGAGGAGAUGCUUGGAAAGCAGAGACACGAUGGUGCCUUUCUGAUCCGAGAGAGUGAAAGUGCUCCUGGAGAUUUCUCCUUAUCAGUCAAAUUCGGCAAUGACGUGCAGCACUUCAAGGUCCUACGGGAUGGAGCCGGCAAGUAUUUCCUGUGGGUGGUAAAGUUCAACUCGCUGAAUGAGCUGGUGGACUACCACAGGUCCACAUCCGUGUCUAGGAACCAGCAGAUCUUCCUACGAGACAUCGAGCAGGUUCCACAGGUACACGGGGGAGACAGAGCCACGAAUUUGCUACAGCAACCGACCUAUGUGCAGGCGCUAUUUGACUUUGACCCACAAGAAGAUGGUGAACUUGGAUUCCGACGAGGAGACUUCAUCCAAGUUGUAGACAACUCCGACCCCAACUGGUGGAAGGGGACAUGCCUCGGCCAAACUGGCAUGUUCCCACGCAACUACGUGACACCCGUUAACCGUAACAUGUAACCAGAGUCGGCAAGGAACCAGUGGCCAAGGAGGAGCACAGGCAGACUGAUCUGGGAGGCAUUUCGGACUGACUGAGCGACCAAAGGGAGAGAAAAUCUUUACCCGGGGGAAGCCAAGACAGACUGACCAAGACAGACAGAUGACUGUCUAAAUGCAGCCCCGCACACCAGCAAGGACAGUUUGCCCCGGGAUUGUCAUAAAUACUCAAUAACAGGAUAGAAACAUGGAUAGAUCAUUAACUUGGGGGGGGUGGGUGGGGGGACAUAGACAUAUAUUGUAAGAAUGCUUAUGUUUUGACUGCCUCAAUCUGGUUGGCUGCUGCCCUUUGACUGACAGAUGACAGCAUUGCAGAAUAGCGCAGGGGGCGAGGGUGGGAAUGGUACGCAUUCAGUAUAGCUCAAACCCAACUCUAUAGACCGACAGACUCGACUGUAUCGCAGAUGUUAUUGCUUCCUGGGCCUGGAUCUGAGACGGCGAUCCCACAAGUCUGGCUGUGCUUUGUGCAGCCGCCACGCACGCUUUCCACAAGGUGAACCCCUUGGCCCAACGUUGAACUUUUUUUUGGGUGGGAGGGCGAAGGGUCCGACCGACUCUCGAGGGGAAGGGGAUGGGCGAUUGUUGAUGUUUGAUUAAGAAUGCCAAAACUUACCUUUAAAUUAAAACAAAAACAAGAGACUUUUUUUUUUAAUUAACAAACUCCCUUUACUGCUGCUGUUUCUUCCCCACGUCCCAUUCCUGUUUCACCCCCCCCAUCCUUAUCAUGCAUGUGUUAGCCAAGCACUAAGUACACACGCCUUGGAAAAUAAAAUGCGCAGAAGUGAGAGCUGCCAUAUCCACUCAUUUUCUCUCUAUGCAAGUCUGGUUCUGCUGGUUUGAUUGUAAGGGGCCACAAACUCUAUCCCCCCCGUUUUUCUGGAGUAGGGAGCCCCCCCAAAUAAACAAGGUUGGUGGGGGGUGGAGCGGUAGCUGGCACAUAUAUGCCUGUCUAGCCUGGUGUCUGUUCAGCUGACCGGCCUCAGGCAUCUUUACAUGAUAUUGACAUUUUGUAUCUCACUCCCACAGUACAGACAGCAGUUGGCCUAAUCUACUAUUCUAUGGUUCUGUCAUUUAACACAAGUACUGGCAGGAAAAUACGUUUGGGAUUGGGGCUGGGAGGGGGCCAGCAGGGAUCUGGCAGGGUAUUGGUUAUAACCUAGGGUUUUGAACGACAAGAGGCAAAGGACACUUUUAAUAUCACACAAUUAUUUCAAUUUCUGUGAGGUUGCUAGGGGAAUUCACCCUAACAACCUGGCAGUGGUUUGACUGACCGGGUAGGAAUGGCUUUAUGCUUGGCAGUAGCUUCAGAAGUGGUUCAGGGUAGAAUGAUGCAGAGAAUCGGCCUCUGCCCACUAUGUCUAGCUAUCGGAGCAGUGGUUCCUGGCACGUGGGCCGAUGUUCCAGCUUGCCCUGGUUGUUUAAAGGGAAUUAAAAAGUAUUAAAAAUAUAAAUGAUAAUAUGCCCUUUUAGCAAGCAAGCAAGUAUAAAGUAUAGCUUAUAUACAGCACAGAGUAUUUAUACUUAUGUAUUGGAGCUGCCAUACUACUUGCCUCUCCUGCUGUAUUCAUAACCACACAGCAUUGCUUAUAGAACAGAGGAAAGCAAUAUGGCAGCUCCCAUGUUAUACCGCAAUAUUAAGAAAGGAGUGUUUUGUUCACGAAGCAAGCCAUGCUCUGAGCAUCUAAGUGCAAUUAAAUGAGAAAGUCAUGCAAAUAGGGUCUGUUUCCCGUUAAGUAUUGAAUUUUUAGCCAUGUCCUCAAAACCCUACGGUGGUAACGUAAGUCCCUCACUGAGGACAGCUGGACUGCCUCUCUGGCCCCCUCCUCCUUGCCCCUCUGACUCUCGGUCCAUCUUAUCUGCUUCCUCCAGGUCAUCGUGUAUGGGGGGGCUUGGAAUGCACUGGGACCAUAUGAUUGUCUCUUCGGGGAUCUGUGUGUAUCCUGCAGCCUUGCAGAUUGGUAACUUGUGUGUGUAUAUGAAACCAAUCAAAUCAGUGUUUAAUUAAAGAACGGCUUCUGUAUUUAAUCCUCCAAUGCAGCAUUCAGUAGAUAGAUGUUAACUGUUAAUAAUAAUAAUAAUAAUAAUAAUAAAUCUGGUGUUUUGUUCACCUGA